AUAUAGUCCGCCCCAAGUGUAAACACAGAGCAGGCCGGUGGCGGUAUGAGCGGGUCAACUUGAAUUGGAACAUGUUGAAGCACAAUAAACAUGAAUUGUAACUAGAUCUGACUGACAUUUGAGGUAUAUAUUCAUACUGGUCUCACUUUUUUCUACAUGUUGCGAAUUCCUCUCGGCGCGCUGAUGUUUCCUUGUGUAAUUUUUAUAUAAUUUGAGGGUUAUAAUGGCUUGUCAACAGUUCACCAUAGCAAUGUUUUUAACUAGUUUUUUGUAUUAUUUCUCUUCCAGUAAAUACAAUGUGGCUCAGUUAGCUGUUCGAGAUUCUGUUGAACUUGUAGGAGACUCUACAAGCCUGAAGAUGAACUGGUAUUCCAAGACUCUUUCUCAUCGUCCAUAUAUUGUUCUUGCUGCAGUUGCUGUAGUCUCAGGACUUUGUCUCAUAGUUCCAUUUUUUACUCGAAAAAUACCUUCAUUUACCGAUCCAACUUUGGGAUUUGAAACUCGGGGAACAACUAUUUCUCAGAGGAUAACUACAUGGCAAAACAUUGCUGAAGCCACUAGACCCUCAGGAUCAUUGACAUCAAAUCCUAGUGAACUUUUAUUAACAUCUUCUAAUACAAAAUCUUCCUUACUAACAGUCGCUGCUAAUGUAUCCACUCCGUCACCUGAUGAUUUGGUUUAUACUCCAAGAAUAAAAACUAAAAAGAAGAACAAGAAGAUUGUCCUUGUUACUCCACCUUCCACUCCUGUGUUAUCAGAACCGAACUUUGACUGGGACCAGCAGAGAAACUGGACGUUUGGUAUAAAUGUGUCAGAGGCCCAGCCUGAUUAUGGGAAUUCUUCAGAACCAUGGAAAAUCUUACGAGAUGAGCUCAGUGAAAAAAGAAUACUUUCUGAGCACGACCAUGACCAUGACCAUGAUCAUCUUUCAAAAGAUGGUUUUUUUUGUGGAGCCCCAAGUCCUGUUUACUCCCAUAUGGUUCUGUCAACAACAGAUGGAUCAGACUUUUUAUCGCUGGCUGCUUUACGAUCAGCUUGUAGCCUUGAUGAUCGUCUGCGAUCAAGUCCACAUUUUACAUCAAACUGUCAAUAUUCUACUGGGAACUCUUGCUGCAAUUCUUGGGCUCUGCACAACUAUGUAGCUGUCCUCCAUGGCCACAAAAAUUGUUUUCAAAUUAAGGAGCAUGAUGUUGAAGAAACCAGAAAAUUGUUGGUCGAUUGUGCACAGUAUUAUCACAAUUUGAAGCUUCCCGCAGAUUGUCAGGAAGACAAAUUCAGUUCUUCAGCUGCUUGCUUGGUUGUUCCUCCCAACUGUACCAGGAACAAUGCUGUGUUCAACAUAUUGCACUACUUGGUUGAUAUUAAUUUCCUCCCUCCUGAUAAUCCUACCCAAUCUUUUGUCCAGCACUCUAUGCUGUUUCUACCAAUUGCCAGAUCUUCAGCAAUUUUGCCAUAUUACAAUGCUUUAGACUCCAACAGUCUUAAAUUUGGAAACGUCAAAGUCUCAGCAAUGGACCUAGGCCUCAAGGAAGUACUGUUUGAUGAAAGUCUUGUGUGGGACACUUGGCUAAUACUACUAGGAGCACUUUUUGUGUGUUUAUGUAUGUGGAUGUAUACUGAAUCCUUUUUUGUGACGUUCAUGACCAUCAUCGCAAUUUGCCUCUCCCUUGGAAUGUCAUAUUUCUUUUACACCAUUGUGUUUGAUCUAAAAUUCUUCCCAUUUAUGAAUCUCCUUGCAUGUGUUGUAUCUGUUGGGAUUGGGGCUGAUGAUGCUUUCAUUUAUUGCAAAGUCUGGAAUUGUGUUAAAUCUGAAAAGUCAUCUGCUUCACUGCAGCAGGUUGUUCAGGAAACUCUCAACCAUGCCCUUUUAUCUAUGUUUAUCACAUCCUUCACCACAGCUGUAGCAUUUUUAACAUCUUUUCUGAGCUCUAUAACAGCAAUUCGAUGUUUCAGUAUAUUUGCUGGUAUGGCAGUUGUUACAAAUCUUUUCCUAAUGGUGACAUGGCUUCCUGCUACUGUUAUCAUCUCUGAAAAAUUCAGUUUUCCUGGUGUUAAUUGGUUUUCUCUAAAAACACAUUGUUUGGAUCUACGGGCUUACCUUCACAGUUUUAGCAAUUGUUUUGAGCACAUCUUUGUUAGUGCUGUGGUUCAAUGUCCCUUUCUUUGGGUGUUCAUCCUAGGGGUUUUGGCUAUUGGCAGUGGAGUAAGUGUUCUUUACUACCCAGGCCUUCAGCUUCCCAAGUCACAAGACUUUCAGUUGUUUCGACAGUCUCAUCAGUUUGAGCAGUAUGAUGCGGUUUUUAAAGAAAAAUUUUGGUUUGAAAGGCUUGAGAAGAAUUCAGCCUCUAUUGUUAAACUUCCAUUAAGAUUUGUGUGGGGUGUUAAACCAGUUGACUCUGGUGACUACUUCAAUCCCUAUUCUAAGGGAAAACUUCAUUUUGAUUCAUCGUUUGACAUGGCAGCUGCUGCUUCUCAACUCUGGCUGAAACAAUUUUGUGCCAAAAUAAGGAAACAACCAUUUUAUAGCUCAACUCUGGGACCUCUUCUGCCUAAUUGUUUCAUAGAGAGCUUGGAGUCUUGGAUGACAAGACGUUGCAAAGAUACAAUUGAUAACAUUGAUCGCAGUCCAUGCUGUGAGAUUGCAUCCAUACCAUACAGUCGAUCAGUGUUCAAAAAUUGCACGGCUCAAGUCAUGGCUAGUCUUUAUCGCACUCCCAAUUUAUAUGAACCUGGAUUUACAGGCCCAAAGUUUUCCAAAAACAUUUCCCAUCCCAAAAUUCGAGCUGUUAUUGUGGAGUAUGAUAGCAACUCCUCUUAUCUGAUGUCGUAUGAGGAAACUAACAGCUUCUACCAAGAAGUGGAAAACUGGAUGCAGAAUGAGCUGAAGACUGCUCCACCUGGAUUGCAGCAUGGCUGGUUUGUGAGUGACCUCCAUUUUUAUGAUCUUCAGGACACAAUUGCUGAAAGUACAGUGUCUGCCUUGACAAUAUCAAUGAUCAUGUCUUUACUGGUUCUGUUUUUGGUGACUUUAGAUAUCCUUGUUUCAAUUUUUGCUGUGCUUUCUGUAACAAGCACCAUAUUUGUUACCAUGGCUAUUCUUUUGUUGUGUGGGUGGGAACUUAAUGUUUUAGAGUCUGUAGCCAUAAGCACAUCAAUCGGCCUUGCUGUUGAUUUUAGCUUACACUAUAGUGUGAGCUAUAGGUUGGCUCCUAACAAUACAAGUAGGGAAGAGGCUGUAAAAUAUGCUCUUCAUAGGAUGUGUGGACCCACUGCGAUGGGAGCCCUUACCACAGGCAUUGCUGGUGUUUUUAUGUUGCCUUCCUCAGUUCUGGCAUACAAUCAAAUUGGGAUGUUUCUUGUUAUUAUUAUGUGUGUAAGUUGGACAUAUGCAACAUUUUUUCUGAUGUCAUUGCUUUGUAUUGCUGGGCCAAGACAUGGCUUUGGACAGUUUUCUUACCAAAUUUUCAUGUGCUGUUUGUGUGAAAGAAGCAGAAACCUUCAAAGAUCUCCUAGCAAUUGCAGCAGAACAAAUAAGUCUUCUUAUGGUAAUUGUGUUUAUUCAGAAUCAACGUUUUCAGCAUCAAGUACUACAUACCCAUUGCAUACUAGUGUAAGUGAGGGCCAUGAACUUGAUGCAUUCACUCAUAGCAAUAGGAGACCUUCUCAGUCAAGACGGAGAUCAGGGAGCUUGUAUACAACACGAACUUCAAACAGAGCUGCAUCUGAUCAGUCACCAUCAGCGACCAGUGCGUGCACUGUUAUUCUAUGUGACGAUGUAGACCUUAGUAGACAGCACAUGUGAGUGCACAGUUGUUGUAUUGCUUGGAACUAUUCUUUGUCUAGACCAAGUGUUACACUUGUAUUGUUUUUUAUAGAAUUCACUUGUUAAGCAGUAGGGUUGGUUGCAUUAUUUGACAUGAUGGAACUCUGCUUGUGCAUAAAUCAGUUCUUCAUUUUAAAGCAUUUCUUUUUUAUUAAAUUCUCUUUUAAAAUGUUGAUCUUGUUCCAUUGUCAAAAGCAUUUUAUCAUUGUUUCACUUCAAUACCCAUUUUGUGUUUGGAAUAUUGGUGCGGUUUGGAUAGAGACUUUUUUUGCUCUAUGUGCAUUAUUUAUUUGAUUACUUGAUCUCAGUGUAUUGUUCUGUGAUGGUCCUUUAUUCUUAGUAUAUUUAUAAAGCUCUCGCAUGCGUGUGGCUAGAGCUUUCACUUGUUUCUGAGAUUUAAUUUUUGUCGUGUCAUGUUUUUGGGCCAAGUAUAUAGUUUGGUACUUACUGGAAUCCCAAUUGGUAGCCAAAGUAUUGAUGGAACAUUAAAAUUUUAUGAAAUGGCGUUCAAGACA